UCUACUAUUGUGUCACUUACUUCGAAUUGCACUUGUCGGCUGUAAACGAAAACAAUCUAUUAGCGUUAGAACAAACUCAAAAUUUAAUAAUAACACAAUAUUAGAGAAGCCCGAUAAUUUUUAACGAAGGGCUGAACCUUAAUUACAUCAAAAUGCUGUGGCAAAGAGGCCUUGGAAGCCUUUUACUGGUGAUCAUAGGAAUAAAUGUAUCACUGGAACAACAAGCAGGAAGAAUAUUACCUGAUUGGCCAAAAAUUGGUGACAGAAUCACGCAACCAUUUCUUGAUCAGUUGAUGGUCAGUCAGUUGCUGGAACAGAAUCUUACUCUUGGAUUCUUCUUGAAAGGACUUAAUGGUCCUCCUGGUCCAUCAGGUCCUCCUGGACCACCUGGAGAGCCUGGUCCACCCGGUCUUCCCGGUGCUCCUGGUGCACCAGGCCAUGUAGGAGAAGAUGGUGCUCCAGGACCUAUGGGACCUCCAGGAACACCAGGACCACCUGGUUCUCCUGGUUUCCCAGGAGAAAAAGGAGAUCCUGGCCCAACUGGUCUUCCUGGAACAGCUGGUCUUCCCGGCGCCCCUGGUCUACCUGGUCCACAAGGUCGAUCCGGUGACUCUGGUCCACAAGCUAUUAUGCCGAACUUUACUGUCAUCUGUGAAGGUGAGAAAGGAUGGGUUCAAUGCAAACAAUAUGAGCUGAUUAAAAUUACAAGAUCAUUCUGGGGUCGUGAUGAUCACGUUACAUGUCCAAAAAUCCCGGCAGGAUUAACGUCCGAUAGAUUGUGCGAAACUAACGGGGAAAAUACACAGGCUAAAGUAAAUGGACAAUGUAAAAAUGAGCAAGCAUGUGAAGUUGUGGCCUCGAACAUUUUCUUCGACGACAACAGCUGUGGUAAUGUUUAUAAAUAUCUAAAAAUAUGGUACGAAUGUAUACCAGAUGAAUCGAACGCAGUAGAUGUAUUAAGAGAAGGUGGAAGAAGGAAGAAGAAACGAAACACAAAGGAGAAACGUUCGUUUCGUGACAAACACUUAGUAUCUAUCUCAGCCAUUUUCCAGGUAAUAAACACCUUUCCUACUUUGAAAGUUAUACUAGAUUUAAAAAAAUCUACUGUAUAUUCCUUUGUGAUUCGCCAUUCUACUGGUAUAUUACCAAAGAGUCAGGUUUCUAAACAAAAAUCAAUGUUUAAAGAAAACAAGAUAGGUCUUGAUUGGUUGAUUAAGAGUUACCUAAGUUCCCACCAAUCAAAUCACUGUUUUUACGGCGUUGAGAUGAUAAAAAUUUGUGACAGUUUUUAUUUCAUUUUCUCAGAAUUCGCGAAAUAUCCUAGACUGUUGUUCCUGGAAAAAAUCAAAAAAUUCGCGAAAAUAUUAGCACAUUUGUUACACGCGAAAGGGCAACAAUCGCAACAACAACAGGGACGAAUUUUACCUGAUUGGCCGAGAGUUGGUGAUAGAAUUACACAACCUUUCAUUGAUCAAUUGAUGGUCAGUCAGCUGUUGGAACAAAAUCUUACACUAGGCUUCUUCCUAAAAGGUUUAAAUGGUCCACCUGGUCCACCCGGUCCACCAGGCCCAGCUGGUGAGCCAGGUCCACCUGGUUUGCCUGGAGCCCCUGGAGCGCCUGGUCAUGUAGGCGAGGAUGGUGCUCCUGGUCCACAAGGGCCACCUGGAGGUCCUGGAAUGCCUGGAGCACCUGGAUAUCCUGGUGAAAAGGGAGAUCCUGGUCCAGUCGGUCUACCUGGUUCUGCUGGUUUACCUGGAGCCCCUGGCUUACCAGGACCACAAGGUCUAAGCGGAGAUACUGCACCAGAACCUAUCACGCCGGAAUUUACCAUUGUAUGUGAAGGAGAAAAACACUUCCUGGAAUGUAAGCAAUACGAAUUGAUCAAAGUCAACAAAGUAUUUUGGGGCCGUGAAGACCAUGUUACAUGCCCAUCUGUACCUGCUGGUCUAACUACAGAACGACUGUGUGAGACAGAUGCACAGAAUGCUCUUUCAAAAGUCAAUGGACAGUGUAAAGGAGAACAAGCUUGUGAAUUGGUGGCUUCAAAUAUCUUUUUUGACGAUAACACUUGUGGCAAUACAUACAAGUACUUGAAAAUAUCAUAUGAAUGUAUCCCUGAUGAAGCCAACAGCGUUGAUGUAUUGAGAGAAGGAGGCAGACGCAAGAAAAAAAAGAGAGCUGCAAAAGAGAAAAGAUCGUAUAGAGACAGCUAAACACUCAACAACUUCUUCUUUAUUUCAAUUGAGUAACAUUCUCUUUUUAAAAGAAAGUUACCAGUGCUUACUAUGGAAAGCUUUGUAUACAGAAUAUGACAUUCGAUUAUAAUAACAGUAACAAUUUUUAAAAGCUAUAACACCCGUUUUUCUCAGCCCCAUUCCCACCCACCCAUUAGCUAGUUACCUAAAUAUUUAACUGUUUUGAUAGAUUUCAACUUUGAUGGAGUCGUGUAAGCUCAUUCCCAUCCUGGUUAUACCAUUCCCUACGAAAAAUUAAAGAACUACCUACGAUUCCCUAACACGUGUUUAUUUGUUUUUUAUUUAUUUUUUAUUUUUAUACAAUGAUAUAGUUCGAAUAGGACGAAAAAGACGGAUAUUUUGUAGAUUUUUUUAUCAUUAUGCAUGCGUAUUUGUAAAUUGUGCUGGACUUAAAUAUAUGUGUUUGCGCCAACAAA